UUGAAAAGCAAUUAAUAGGUGCAGCUACCGUGGCAGGUAAACAUGAGUUGUUUCGUUCACUACGAUGCAAAGCUUAAGGACACAUAUCGUUGUGAUAUGUGUACUCGCUGUUUAUUUUAUAACAGUUGAAUGCCGGAAUGUCAUAAAAGAUUCCUAUAAAAACAGUCAAGAUAUUAACCGUAACAAAACACUAAACUCUCAUUCGAGUAUUAUCAAUUGGUUAAAAAAUCUUGUAACGCAAGGAAAACUGAAAAAAAUAAGAAAACCAAAUGCAAUAAAGGCAUUAAUAGCAAAACUAAUAAAGAACGAAAACGGGUAUAAAAAACGAUUAUCAAAACGCAAUUUGCGCAAUGGUAUUCAAGAAUUUUUACAUAAGUUAAAUAACUUUAUUAAUCAAAAUACGCAUAAUGCGUACUACGAGAAACGCAACGAUUGUAAUUUCGGUUUCGGUAACCCAUCUAGAGCAUGCAAAAGACAUAGGUCCAGACGUAACGCAGUGAAAAAAUCUAAAAAAGCUCUAAAUAAUAAAGAAAAAGAUUAUAAUAACUACGCGCAACACUUGGUUAUAGAAAGAGCGAAAUAUAUAUCUUCAUCAAGUUCAAGUGAAAACGAGACACCAGUUGAAAGACAAAAGUCUCGCUUUAUGAUUGUUGAUAAUGAACGUAAAAAAGUAUUUAAAAAAAGUUUAGAAUCUGAAGACCAAUCGAGAGAAGCAUAUUCAGAUGAAUCUGAUGAUAAAGCAAAUGAAUCUGACGAACAACCAAAUGAGUCUUACGAAGAACCUUAUGAAUCUUACGAAAAACCUUAUGAGUCUGAUGAUAAACCAAGUAAAUCUGAACAUUCGAAUUUUGAUGAAGAUACAGACGCUACCGUUGAAAACAAAGAACAGACGGCAAAAUCUGAUGAAAGCUCAAAUGAAUAUACAGAACGAGAAUCAUCUGUUAAACAUCUAGACGCUAAAUAUAUGUAUUUACAAGGUACUAGAUUACAAAGACCUGAUUUCAGGACAGGUCGAGGAUUUAAAAGUAAUAGGAGACAGGAUAGACUGCCACACUUUUUACCCAAGCGUUACAAGUGGGAUAACGGAAUGAUACACAACUUAGACACUUACUGGAAAGUUGGGAUGAACUCGUAUGGCUCAAACAAGAAGUAUCGUACAUGGUAAUAAGUGAUAAACGAAAUAAAUACCUUGGUUUUUUUAUU